CAAAACUCCUCCCUGGCUCACAAAAUGCCUACUUUUCUCCUAAGAGCUUGUUUGUUAAAAAGGCUGCUUGUGCUGAACUGCAGACACUCUUCAAGAUGUCCUUCUGGGUGGCAGUCAUGGUUGCCUUGGUGGUCGGUCUUUUGGGGGCCCUCUACCUGAUGGGCUUCUUCCGCCGAAGACGACCCAAUGAACCCCCUUUGGACAAAGGACUCAUUCCCUGGUUCGGACAUGCAUUGCACUUCCGAAAUGACAAUAUGGAUUUCCUGCAAAGCAUGCAGAAGAAACAUGGGGACAUCUUCACCACCUUGAUUGCAGGACAGUACUUCACCUUCUUGAUGGACCCGUUGUCUUUCGGUGGCAUCAUCAGGGAAGCCCGAGGUAAAUUGGACUUUAUGUCAUAUGCAGCUGAGCUGGUCCUCAGGGUGUUUCGAUUUGAGGCCUUCCACGACACUCACAAGAUCAUCGAAGUCUGCAGUGCGAAACAUCUGAAGGGAGAGGGCCUAGUGAUGAUGACCCAGCCCAUGAUGGACGCUUUACAGGCCGUCUUAUUCCAGUGGCAAGAAACCUCCAAAGAGGAUCCAAAGUCCUGGAAAGAAGACGGCUUGUUCCACUUCUGUUACAACACGGUCUUCCGAGCUGGGUAUCUGGCUUUGUACGGUACUGAAUCAGCUAAAGCUAAAGGUGAAAACCAGAAAGAAAAGGUGAAACGAAAAGACCAGCAUCACACUGAAGAGUUGUACAUUGAAUUUUGCAAAUACGACAAACUCUUCCCACGCCUAUCGUACGCCUUGUUGACCCCGUGGGAGUGGGGCCAAAUGAAGAACCUCUGGAACUACUUCUGGCAGGUGCUUUCAGUGAAGAACAUCUACCAGAAGGAAAACACCAGCCGGUGGAUCAGUGACCAGGCUCAACAGCUGGCCGAAAGUGGGAUUUCAGAAGAGAUGACAGACCGGUACAUGUUCCUGCUCCUUUAUCUUGCUCUAGGUAGCCUCAGUCCAGCUUCCUUCUGGCUUCUGGAAUACCUGAUGAAGCAUCCCAAAGCCAUGGAAGAGGUCAAGAAGGAGAUCCUGGAGGUGGUGAAGAAGUCAGGCCAAGAGGUGACCUCCCAUGAGAAGCCCUUGAAUGUCACCAAGGAGAUGCUAAACCAAACACCCAUCCUGGACAGCGCUUUGGAAGAGAUGUUGAGAUUGGUAUCAACGUCAUUUUUGAUCCGUGUGGUUUUACAAGAUAUGGAUUUGAAGCUCCACAAUGGGAAGGCUUAUCUGCUGCGUAAAGGUGACAAAAUCGGCCUCUUUCCUUACCUCUCAGUCCACAUGGACCCCAAAAUCCAUCCGGAGCCCCAGGUCUUCAAAUACGACCGUUUCCUCAGCCAAAACGGCAACAAAAAGGAAUUUUUUAAGAAUGGCGAGAAGGUGAAAUAUUUCGCCAUGCCUUUUGGAGCUGGGACCUCCAUGUGUCCCGGCCGCUACUUUGCUACCAAUGAAAUCAAGCUUUUCACCUUCCUGAUGCUGGCUUGUUUUGAUCUGGAACUGAUCAAUCACCAGGAGGAGAUCCCUCCCAUCGACAAGACCCGCUACGGGUUUGGGGUGAUACAACCCAUGAAUGACGUCCAAUUUAGGUACCGAUGCCAGUGCUAA